CCAUAGAGGGGCCACGCAAUGGUAGAGGACAGCUCCAGAAGCACCCACUGGUUCUCCGAGCACAUCAGGACCAUGAGGACCCAUCUGUACCUUUUGCUUCUCACUGUGGGCGCCUCUGCCAUUCCUCUGCGGAGCAACCUGGCUGAGCUACAGACAUGGCUACAACAGAUCUAUCAGUCAGCAGGCACACUGGUAAAUCCCAUUUUCUAUUUCUAUUCAGCAAAUCUAAGGAUUGAAACUCCAGUCUCUACAGAUGAUGAAAACUGCAUCAAAAUAUUGUUUGAAGGAAUGGAUCUGUUGAAAAACAGUCCUGAGAUGAGGAGAUUCAGUGCUUUCUUCCAAAGCUUUGAGAAACUGAAGCCAUCUCUCACGGCAAACCUGGCAGAAGAGGGAGAAUGUGACACAGAAAGAAGAAACGUAAAGAACUUCAUAGAAAAACUGAGAACAUUCAUUCGAAAAUUAUCAAGAGGUGCAAGAGCAUAAUUACAACUUCCCGGACUCACCAUAAGCUUAAACAAGCAGCAAAAUGUAUGUGUGUUUUAAAUGUGCUCCUUCUUUGUGUUCAAAUUGCAAAGGUUACCUCUUCUUUUCAGUAGUGCUGUGCUGGCUCAUGUUCAGAAUGGAACCUCAGAAGGUAUCAAUGACAAAAAGCCAUUCAUGUUUGUAGAUGAAAUUGCAACUGCUCGCUGAUGAAGCAAACAGAGCAGGGUAUGAUGGAAAUAUUGGCUAAUCACAAACCCUUCUGAUUUCAGAACACUCACAGAAAGGUGAAUGCAGAUGGAUGCUCAUAUCUCACCCCUUGCUUGGGCACUGCUGGGCCAUGAGUACCAAGCAGUGCACUGGGAUAUGGGAUAGGGGCUUCCUUUGCCUUUCUCUAAGACCAGGUCCCUCAGUUUCAGGAGGGAACCGAGCACAUUCUAAGCACAGGAGCCAUGUUUUUCAGUUUUAAGGCCAAAUUCCUGCUGGAAACAUUUGCUGGUAGCACAUAACCUCAGCAGAACCAGGUCCCAAAUGGGCAUUGCUCUUGAUAUCACAUUUAGAAGAGCAAGAACCCACAUAUAGUCCAAUACACAACCAGCGUUGCUGGAAUAGUUAAUUUUCCUCAGGGAAUUGAUAUUGGCUACACUGGAAAAGCCACAGUGCUAUAGCAGGCCUGUAAUUAAGAGGAUUAAUCACUGUAAUUAUACCAGCAAAACUUUCCUAGUUCAGAAUUAGCUUUGUCACUGCUUUGAAGGCAGAUGAGGGUGAACUGCAAAUUCACCUUCACUUAACGGUUCUGCUUUUCAUGCCCUGCACAAGCAUUGCUAUGCAUAUACAUACAACCCCCACUGGCAAGCACUAGGAGAACAUCGUGCUGAUGCUUUGCAGCCCGGUCACAACCUUUCUUAAGCGCUGAGAAACACAGCCUGGCUCCCUCCUUCACCCGCAGCUUCUAUAGAUCAGGGGAGGCUGGGCUACUGAAGAUUAAAUGAGCCAGGUAUGUGCCUCCUCAAGAUGCUGUUUGUGAAGCUGGCAGUGAUGAUGGGAAUGCUUUGAUCGCUCUGAGUUUAUUUGUACGGUGUCAACUAAAUCACAUCAUGUUUUUUAGAUAUAUGUAUUUUGGAGAAAAUAUUUAUUGUGUAUUUUUGCUACUUUUCAUAAAGGGAAUAAAUGAAUCUCCAUGUCUCCUCUGCCA